GGUUGGACAGAGCAUUUCAUAGUCAAAAUAAAUGAAGGCCAAAGCAAGCGGAUCAGAUGCAUGGCCCACAAAUGCAAUGAUAUCUGUGAUGAAGCUAUCGUCAGAAAGCUAGUGAGUGAAAAGCGCCCAGAUUUAGCAGAGAAAUUUGACCGAUUUCUUCUUGAGUCAUACAUUGAAGACAACAAAAUGGUUAAGUGGUGUCCCAGUGUACCUCAUUGUGGGAAUGCCAUACGUGUUGAAAAUGAUGAAUUUUGCGAGGUAGAAUGCUUGUGUGGUUUACAGUUCUGUUUCAGUUGCUUAUCAGAAACACAUUCACCCUGUUCAUGCGUGAUGUGGGAAUUGUGGACGAAGAAAUGCCGCGAUGAAUCAGAGACUGUUAAUUGGAUGACUGUACAUACAAAGCCUUGUCCUAAGUGUCACAAACCUGUUGAGAAGAAUGGUGGUUGUAAUUUAGUCAGUUGCAUAUGUGGGCAAGCAUUUUGUUGGCUUUGUGGUGGAGCUACUGGCCGAAACCAUACCUGGUCAAAUAUUACUAAUCACAGCUGUGGUCGCUAUAAAGAAGACAGCGAGAAAAUGGCCGAGCGUGCCAAGCGAGACCUUUAUAGAUACAUGCACUAUCACAAUCGUUAUAAGGCUCAUACUGAUUCCUUUAAACAAGAAUCUAGACUAAGGGAGACUGUAAAGGAGAAGGUGUCAAAUUUGGAAGCCACGGAUUCAAAAUGGAGAGAUUUCAGCUGGAUUACAAACGGACUUUGCAGGCUUUUUAGAUCAAGGCGAGCUCUUUCAUAUUCAUACCCAUUUGCAUUCUACAUGUUUGGUGAUGACUUUUUCAAGGAUGAGAUGACGGAAAGGGAAAGGGAAAUUAAACAGCAUUUAUUUGAGGAUCAGCAGCAGCAGCUCGAGUCUAAUGUUGAGAAACUCUCUAAAUUUCUUGAGGAGCCAUUUGAUGAGUAUCCUGAGGAACAGGUCAUGCAAGUUAGGAUGCAAGUCAUCAAUCUUACAGUGAUCACUGAUGACCUUUGUAAAAAAAUGUAUGAAUGCAUUGAGAAUGACUUGUUGGGUUCGCUUCAAUUCACUAUUCACAAUAUAGCUCCAUACCAGUCCAAAGGAAUUGAAAGGGCGGCUGAGCUGGCCAUUGGAAGGAGCACACAAGCAAGCAGCAUUAAUAAAUGUCAGAAAGCAGAUGGUCCGGCCAGUGGUAAAGUAACUUUUCACCGUAUUCGAGUUUUUAUGAUGAAAAGUAGAGUGUAAUUAUAUUGAGGUUCAGAUUUCUUGCCUGAUAAUGGAUGGGACAUUUUCACUAGAGUAGUACUGCUGAUUGCUGAAUUGGUCGAAGUGAUAUAAAUGGUUAAGUUCUUGUUGUUGGCCUUUAUAUGGCUAAAUGAUGACAGAAUUUCACCUAUAAGAAAACCACCAAAGUUACAGAGUGGAACAGGAGUCUGAAUCAUUUCAUCAUUGAAAAACUUUACAUGAUGCUAUGGCUAUUUUCUAAA